CGGGUGCAGCUCAUAAUGGCGCCCGUGUUGCCGCAAGGUGGCUCCGAAUAGUUCCCAGAGGCGGUUCCUUUGUGCUUGGAUGGGCUGCAACCCCUAAGAGACGAUGGAGCCUGGCGCCAUGACCGAGGCGGGAGCCAAGCCUCCAGGAAUGGAGACCAGAAAGCUAAUUACAGCCACUGACAACCAGUACUCUGGUAUGCUGUUAAAAGCGUUGGAUGAACAGCGUGGCCACGGUCUUUUUUGUGAUGUUACCGUCAUUGUGGAAGACCGAAAAUUUCGAGCUCACAGAAACGUCCUGUCAGCCUCAAGCACUUACUUUCACCAGCUCUUCUCAGUGGCAGGGCAAGUGGUCGAGCUGAGCUUUAUAAGAGCCGAGGUCUUUGCAGAAAUCCUCAACUACAUCUACAGCUCCAAGAUAGUCCGAGUGAGAGCAGAUUUGCUUGACGAAUUAAUUAAAUCAGGGCAAUUGCUGGGAGUUAAGUUCCUUGCAGAUCUCGGUGUGCCCCUGCAGCAGGUGAAGAGCAUGUCUGGUGGUGCAAAGGCUGACUCUUCAGAGCAGCCCAACCUGGGGGCAAAUGGCCUCGAAACACAAGAGCCUCCUGCGCAGCCAGGGGGCCAAACUCCCGCUACUGGGCAGCCUCUUAUAACCGAAUUGUUUUCAUUCUACGGGGAGCAGUGUGAUGCCACAAAGAUCACCAUUAGUGAUUCUGACGACGACGACGACGACGACGACGAUGAUGACGUCAUCUUCUGCUCAGAGCUGGUACCUCCAAAAGACCGCUCUGCGGAGACUAAAGUGGGGACUCAGAGCCAGCCUUGCCCAAAUCCUGCAGGGGCCUCUGACCAAACAAACUGUAUCAGCACCAGCUCUCCGCCCCAGCCAGCUCCAGCAGCAGCUCCAAGGCUUGAGGUGUCUACUGCUCCGGCAAAUCCAGAUGAAAGUCAAGUGCCUGCCGACCCACCUCCCCCCUCUGCGCCAAAGCCUGCAACUCCUGAUGUCCUGAUGUUAAAUCCAGCACAGAUCAGUCCUUCACCAGAUGUUGGCUCCUCGCAUGAAAUAGAAGUGUCUCCCAUCCCUGAAGAGAAUCAGCAGCCGUCUAAUAAUGAUUCCCUAACUGACAUGGAAACGAAUGCCAUUGAUGAUGAGGAGGAGGAGGAGGAAGAUGUGGAAGACGAUGAUGACAUCCUUGGAUCAUCCAGCCCGGGGUCGGCCAGCAGCAGCUCCCUUGUCCAGCAGCCCACCACCCCCAAGCCCGCUGCUGCAACUGAUGCCCCGGGAGGACAGAAGAAGCAAGGGGCUAGCUUUCCACAAGAGCCAGUCCCCCAGCCAGCUGACUUCAAAAUGAAGACCUCGGAUGUUCUUCCUGGAAGCAACAAGGACGCUGCAGCCGGCGUUGCACCAAAGCACAUCACGGAAGGCCAGAAGACCAUCACUUUAGAUACAGCGACUGAGAUAGAAGGCUUGUCAACUGGCUGCAAAGUUUAUGCAAAUAUCGGUGAAGAUACCUAUGACAUUGUCAUCCCGGUGAAAGAUGAGACUGAUGGAGAAGUCCGGCUGGAUGAUCUGCCCAGAACUUCAGGGGAUGAUCCUGCGAACAGAAAGCGCCUGAAAGUGAAGCACGAUGAUCACUAUGAGCUGAUAAUGGAUGGGAAAGUUUAUUACAUCUGCAUUGUAUGCAGGAGGUCAUAUGUUUGUCUUACGAGUUUGCGAAGACACUUUAACGUCCAUUCCUGGGAGAAGAAGUAUCCGUGUCGCUAUUGUGAGAAAGUUUUCCCACUCGCAGAAUACCGGACCAAGCACGAAAUACAUCACACUGGGGAGCGACGGUACCAGUGCUUGGCGUGUGGUCAGUGUUUCAUCAACUAUCAGGUCAUGGCUACACACAUAAGGUCUGUUCAUAGCCAGGAUCCUUCUGGAGAAUCCAAGCUAUAUCGUUUGCAUCCUUGUAGGUCCUUGCAGAUCAGAAAUUAUGCCUAUAUUUCAGGCGGCUCAAGCAAUAUACCGAUGGUCAAUGACAAUGCUCUUGUUUAUCCAGUGGGUUCAGUUGUCAAAGAUGUCUCUCAAGAACCAGCCCCUAACCCUCCAGCUAAACCAAUGACCUGGGAUGAUAUCUUUGUUCCACAGGGAAAUGAAUCACUUUUUAAACAAAACCCAUCUGACGGUAGUACUGAAUUUGAAUUUGUGAUACCAGAAUCCUACUGAAGUUACUUCUGAUGGGAAUGUUUCAUUUUACAUAAAGAAAAAUCAAAACGUUUUUGAAAUGGGACUGCUCAAAAAGUUGUAGAACAUCUUGUGUUAUAUAAAAAAUGUGCUUUUACCUAGCCAGCAAAGGAUAGUAUUUGAAGAUUAGAAUACUUGUAAUCUUUGAGUGAUCUUGUGAAAGAAAAUGGAGCAGGAAAAUAACUUUACUUGAAUACAGAAAAAAGGCAUUUAGGGUACAGUCCUUUGUGAGUUUAGAUAGACAGGCCUACAACUCCCAGCAUGCCCCAGUCAGCAUCACUUCUUGGGGCUGGGAAUUGGAAGUCUUUUUUUCAGUCUAAACCUUCAUAGGAUUGCUCCGUCAGGUAGUUAGGUGUUAAAUGUGCUUGGUUCAUUAGUCUGGAUCGAAAUCUGGCAAGCUAUUGUUCAAAAAGGUGUUGUUCCUUUACAGUAAUGGGCAAUGUUCCACAUAACAUGUAGAGUAAUGGGAGAAUUUCUUGUCCCAUGAACCACUUGCUCUGUAAUGCUUUCUUUCCUGUUAGCACUUUAAUGCUGAAAAUGGUUCCAUUGUUAAUGCAAAAAGGCCGUCAGGAUAGGUUUUGGGGUAUACCUUAGCUGUUUUUAAGUCAGAAAUCAAUGCACUCCUUUAAAUUAGUGGAUAGCACAGUGCUGUAAGGUCCAAUCAUUUUGUCUGUAAAUCAAGUUAUUUUUGAAGUGUUAUCCUGGUUCCAUUCUUCUGUUCCAAACUAACCAUUGUAUUGUCACAAAAAUGCUCAUCCUACAGGCUUGCCAUUUUGGAGGAGAAAAAUCCUCUGUCUGAGGGGAAACAGAACAAAUUGUAUUUAUAUUUGGUAAUUAAAAUUAUCCAGUGGCUGGA